UUUCGUUGUUAAUUUCAGCAUUCGAUGCUCUACUUCUUCCAUCAUUACGAGCUGCCGGUGAUCCUGCAGCAGGCUCAAUUGCAGCAUCUUUUGUUCCGCAAUGCACAGCCUGGCAUGGCUGAUCCACCGGAACAACCUAACCCUAACUUGGCCAGCAUAACUCGAGCGCUGGCCAUCACCGAACCACUAAGAGUCGAACUGUUGUCAACGCAAGAGUCACCGGUCUCACCCAGAGAGUCUGAAUCGGCGCAAGAAACACUGCAGGUUCAGUCGAACUCGACUGGCUCCGUAGUUCACGUAGACGACCGAGUCGACGCCGCGGUAGCAGCCACUGCGUUCACCAGGAAGCCGAAUAACCAAGCGACAGAGAACCUCACGGAGUCAACUGCCUCGAACAUUGGCGCGAAAGUGAGCACCGAGCCGAACGCCGAAACGAAAACGGAGCAAAAGGAGGAGGACAAGGAGGAGGAGGAAGAAGAGAAGGAGAAGGAGGAGGAGGAGGAGGAGGAGGUCGGAAUAUCCGGGGACGGCGCUGCUUUCUCUUCGAAGAUCGGGGACAAUGGAUCAUCCACCGAUACCUCUACGUCGGAAGGGUUCGAGGUGAUCGAGGCUACUGAGGCGACGCGUAAGGAAACGACGUCCUGUCAGGACGAGUAGGGGAACGUUGAAACGCUUCGAGCCAUGCCAGUUGCAUAGUCAGGAUAGUCCAGGGGAAGAGGUUGUCAUUUUCAACGCGGCUGCAUCUGCGAGUAAGAGAACCGGAACAUCUUGGAGCCGGAGACCUCCAGUCCGGAGGUUUCCAGACAAUUGAAACCGAGCAGAGUGGAGAUCGUUCAGCGUGGACCCAUGACCAGAAUAAUACGUUUAUUUUCCAACCGAUCAAUAUCAAAGUAUCUUCAAAAGAAAGCUCAUCCUUCAGUCAGAAGUAGAGAGAAGUAGUUGGAUAGAUGGAUGAAUAGACAGAUAUAUAAACAGAUAUAUAAACAGAUAGAGAUAACAGAUAAAGGAAGAUGAAUAGUGAGGAGAGAAAGGAGAGAAAGGAGAAAAAGGAGAGAAAGGAGAGUGAAAGAGAGGCAGAGAAAGAGAGAGCGUAUGAGAGGAGUAGUUUGACGCCAGUAGGAGGUGGCCAGGUGUUAGGUUUUAACGAGUAACCAGGGAGGAUCGGUAGGGAUGUGAAACGAGAUAACUAGUGACUGGAUUUCAUCGUGGUGCGGGACCAGAUCUCGUUGAAUAUAUAUUCCCUUUGCUGGAAGGUUAACAUAUGCUGUAUCGUAUCCCCGAGGUCAAAGAGAAAGGCGAAACUUGGACGGAAGUUGGCGCGAAACGAGUUGGAGGGGUUUAUUAUUAUAACACGCGUGGAUCGGAAUUCCACGACGUGUCGAGGAAAGGAUGUGUAAUAGAUCGUGAAACUAACAAACGAGCGAAGUAAGAUUCUUUUUUUUUUUUUUUUUCUUUUCUAUUUUCUAUCGCAUAGAACUGAAGAACGAGCUUUCGUACCACGCGUGGAUACUCGCGUCGUCGGGGAUCCCCGGGUAAUGUCUCGCGUCGCGUUGAACGAUUUGAGGAAAGAUCGAGCUUACGGAACGAGCUUGCGAGAUAUGUAUGUCACGCUCGAAUUCUCUGUGCGAGUGUCUGUCUCUCGGUUUUCUCGGGUGGCGACGAUUAUACGCAGGUACAUAUCUAACGACACGGCGAGAACAGCGAGACUGCAGCUCUUUGGGCGCAACAAGUUGGAGUGCCUUCGGUGAAUAUUCCUUCCUUUCGUUUCGUUUCCUUUGUUUGCUUGUCCCGUGACACGUGAAAGGAGAUUUCUCUCUACCGGGCGGAUUUUGAUCGCAGCACGUCGAACGGACAGCAGCUUCGCGAACGAAACGUCGCGUGGCAACAAGAUUCGAAUUUUUCGCCACUGAGUUUAUCAACGAGGCGAGGAACUUUCGUUCGUCCAUUCAAUUGCAGGAAUCGUCGUCGAUUUCAUUCGAUUCGGUUCGGUGGUCUGAAUUUCGUUCGAUCGAUUUGCCAUUUUUAACGAUCGAUCCGCCGUUGAGUACAUAUACAGGGUUGUUUAUAGAGAACGAGGUCGGAAUGAAUUUUCUAUCUCGCAGCGAGUUUUUCGACGUCUUAUCGUUGUCUUUAAAUCUUGCUAGUUAGUUAAGGGGGAUAUUGCGUAGCGCGAUGAACGUGUGCCGGUCUCGUGCGAGGCAUCUUCUUUUACGCAUUCUGUGAUUAAGAAUUGUGAUCAAGAGAGAACGAAAAUUAGGCUGUAAUUAGUAAAAAAAAAAAAAAAAAAAAAAAACUUCAAGAGCGGUUGAAAGUAAAACGUCGCUAGAACAAUCACAGGUGCUUCCGUGUUGCGUGUCCGACCAUCAUUUUUUUUUCUUUUCUGUCCUUUAUCCUUUCUUUUUCCACUUGCUUUGACGAACGUUUCUGACAGGCGUAAACAUCCGGUUUUUUUUUACCGAGGAACGAACAUCGAUUUUUUGAGAAAUCAAUUUUAACCGAUAACGGUCACGUAGCGUCUAAGGAUUAAUUGGUGACAGAAUUUGCGUUAAGAGAUACUUAUAGUGCUCCCGCACACAUAUAUAUAUAUAUACAUAUAUACAUACAUGUGUGUGCGCGCGUGUAUGCGUAUGUGUGUGACUCUCUGUGUGUGUGUGUGUGUGCGCGCGUGCGCGUAUGUGUGUCCGUGUAUAUACAUAUAUAUAUUUAUUCUUUACUAUAAACGUUCACGUUUACAUCGUAUAUACGUGUAAAUUUAUCACGGAUGAGCGUUCGUGGUGCACGAGCUCUGUAUACAUACAUAUUUCCGUGUAAAGAUCGGCGAGAGAUGUUUUAAAGGGAUUGUAAAGAUUAAAAAAAAAGCAAAAAAAAAA